AUGCUUUCAUUUCGUUCUGGAAUUUCAAAGAAAAAUGCUUGUUUUAUACAUGUUUUAGGUCUCACUUGGAGUAAAACCAUCCGAGUUACCGAGCUGAGGGUUCCAUCCGCAGUGGUACUCGGAGAGUCCGUAACUCUUGUGUGCAGCUAUGAGCUUGGGAAUGAGGAUCUCUACGUCGUCAAGUGGUACAAGGAUGAUUUAGAGUUCUAUCGAUACGAGCCAAAAGACGAUAAUCAGUCGGUCUAUUUCCCACAGCCUGGGAUAGAUAUAGACCUCUCCAAAUCUGGCAGCAACGUCGUUUAUCUCCGCAACGUGGCUCUGGAUUCGGCGGGAACCUACAAGUGCCAGGUAUCGACGGACGCCCCUACAUACAGUUGCGUUCAGGCAGUCAAAGAAAUGAACGUCAUAAUUUUGCCAUUGGAUGGACCCACGAUUUCAGGUGGUGCGAAAAGCUAUGAAUUUGGGGACAACGUCAAUCUAAAUUGCACAUCAGCCAAAUCAAAGCCAGCUGCAAAGCUCAGUUGGAUUGUGAAUGACAAACCUGUAUCUGAUAACGUGACAAUCGAUCACGGCGUGACUGUCCAUAAUAACAAUUUACAAAUCACGACAAAAGCGCUACAUUUGCCAGUAACAGAGACAUUAUUCCAAAAAGGAAAAGUGGAUAUUAAAUGCGAAGCCACAUUUUACGAGAGCGUCGCUGUCAUUAGUAGAGAAAUUACCAUAUUAGAAGAACCAGGAGGCGCACUUGAUGGGCCAGGAGUCACACUUGAUGAGUCAAAAACCGCACUUGAUGGGCCAGGAGUCACAAUUGAUGAGUCAAAAAACGCACUUGAUGGACCAGGAGUCGCACUUAAUAAGGCAGGAGCACAGAACUGUCUGGGAGUUUCAGAGGAUAACUUUCAUAGGAUAACUUUCUAA